AUGGACUUGUCGCAUUCGCAGGCUCAGCGGCCUCCUGCUACCCCAGUGUACGUUCUUCGGGGGCAUGCUGCCGCAGUGCAUGCAAUACAUUUUUACAGCGACAAUGUAAGGCUGGCUUCUGGAGACGCGGAUGGUUGGGUUAUUAUUUGGGACAUUACUACCAAACGUCCUGUCGCAGCUUGGAAAGCUCAUGAAGGAGCAAUCCUCAACCUCAAAAGCGUUGAUUCUUUGCCAAAUACUGAAAGCAGAGAUGAAAAGGAUGAGAUGUCUAAAACUCAGGAAAAGAAGAUCUUUACCCAUGGAAGAGAUAAUUAUCUACGUGUAUGGAGGCUAAAUUCAGAUGAUGAGGAGAUCCUUGAUAACAGGCUCCCUGUUGAAGAGAAUUCCACUUCUGAUAAUAGAGCUGAACCAUGGUUGAUCUACUCAGUCACCGUGAACGCGCUGAACUUCUGUGGUUUUGCAAUUACCACUAGACCCAGUUUAAGUCAUGCUGCAAAAACGGCAAGUUCUGUCUGUGAGACGUUUAUUGCAGUUCCAAAUGCCUUGGAUACUGGUGGUAUUGAUAUUUUUCAUCUUCCCACACAGAAGAGAGUGUGCAUCCUUCAUGCGGACAGAGCAAUUAACACCGGCAUGGUAAUGGCAUUACAGCUUUUUUUCUCGCCUAAUGCUGAUUUAUAUAUUGUAUCUGGUUACGAAGAUGGCCAUGCUAUGGUCCAUGUACAACGAGGACCCAUUAUUAUUACGGAAGACACAGUUGAUUCUACUGUUUCGACGUUGACGUGGAAUUGGGAAAAAGUAUAUUCAAGUCGUGCUCACUCGCAACCCAUUCUUUCGCUGGACAUUUUUCCAACUGAUAAAAAAUAUUUUUUAACGUCCUCGGCCGAUGCGAUCAUUGCUAAACAUCCGAUUCCUGUUGAAAUUGGAGACUCAAAUUUGAAGAACGACGCACCAGUAAGAGUAGUUAAUACAAAGCAUGCAGGCCAGCAGGGCUUGACGAUACGAUCCGACGAAAGAAUCCUAGUCACUGCUGGAUGGGAUAAUAGAGCACGUGUAUAUUCAUGCAAGAGCCUAAAGGAACUAGCUGUACUAAAAUGGCACAAGGAAGGUUGCUAUGCGGUUUCCCUCGCAUACGUUGAGCCAGACAUCAAGAGCAUGAGGCCGCCAGUUGACUCCACUGUUGCUUCGCCAGUUAAAAAAGAGCCUGAAAGUAUUGCUUUGACAUUAAGGAGUUCACCUGGAUCUCUGGCAGGGAUAAAGCAACAACGACAUCGCGAAGCAACACUCACACAUUGGGUAGCUGUGGGUUCUAAAGACGGGAAAAUUUCUUUAUGGGAUAUCUAUUGA